AUGAUUUUUCGUUCCUUGUCGGAUUUUCGAAAUUAUGAAAAGCUUACAACUAAGAAACGCAAGGCUGAACUUGAUGUCGCCUUCCUUAAAGAUUGCAAUUCACUUGGAGUUUUUCCAAAGUUCCUGUGUUUUCCACUGCCUAAUGUUGACAAUCGAGAUACAUACCACAUUCGAAAGCGUUUACUACGAACUGCGAUAACGAAGAGAUCUAAAGAACUACGGACACUGGAUAGGGACCUGACGAACAAAACAGAAGAAAUCAAAAGCUUUCUUAACCCAAUUGACUGGCAUAUCUUGAAUAAAGCCCUCAAAAAGAAUGUCGACAAACAACUAAACAAAAUAUUUUCGACACACCGUAAGAAACUAAAUAAUUUGACCAAAAACAAGGCUAUACCAUUCACUCAUAAAGACACUGUCACCAACCUAUCAUCUGUAAAGCUAAGUGAAGAUGAACUUAACGCUUUAAAAAACGGUCUCAACUUCAGCAUCAAACCUCCAAAAAUCCACUCCUCCGACAUUCUCGCAACAUUCGAACGAAUCCACUAUUCAUUAAGAAAUAAACUUAUCAAACAGGAGGACUAUUCAAUACUAAAAACGGAACUUGGUCACUUGGCACACACGUACGUAACUUCCUACCAUCCAACUCCUAAAGACCUGAAGAAACAUAAAAUUCUAAGGAACAUUCGUAAUAAUGACAAAAUCAUUGUUCUUAAACCUGACAAAGGCAAUGGUGUAGUCAUUAUGGAUCGUCAGUUCAAACCACUCGAUCAUGAUCCUACAAUUUCCCGUGAAGCAAAGUUACAACGACUGCUACGUAACUUAAAGAAAAAAAACUCUAUAGACGAAAAAUCAUUUCAAGAAAUGUACCCUAGAGCUUUGCAAUUGAACGAUUUUUAUCCAUCGUCUAUCCGCUAUGGCAAAAAGUUCACGUCUCAAACAAAGUCUGUAGGUACUGGCUUACUGGAAUGUGGCUAUUCGCUUUAA